AUGGGUCUCAACAUAAUCAUCGUCGGCUCCGGCCUAGCCGGCCUCGCAGCUGCAGCGUACUUGCGCAAACAGCAUACCGUAACAGUCCUAGAGAAAACUCAUCUCGACUUCAACAACAAUGAUUACGGCAUUUCAGUCGUCUGCAAUGCAUACGGCUUACUACAGAAGCUCGGCAUAGACGACACGGAGCUUGAUAUGGCCGUCAUGACCAAAAUCUGGCAACGUUCAGCGUCGAAUCAGGGACUCUUCGCGGCGGAUUUCGAUACGAGGAAGAUGUACGGUGCGCCUAGUGUAUUGACGAGGCGAAGCCAUCUUCAGCGGGAAUUGUAUAGGUUGGCUACGAGUGCUGAUCUGGAAGGGAAGCCGGCGAGGAUUGUGGAGGGGUUUAAGGUGAGAGAGGUGAGGUAUGAUGAAGGCGUUGUUGUGGCGGAAGAUGGGCGAAGUUUCACUGGUGAUCUGAUCAUUGGUGCUGACGGCAUCAAUUCUAUCGUGAGAAGUGCAGUCUUAUCUGAAGAUGCGCAAGGUGACAGAGAAGCUCCUGCCACAACCCACGAUCUGCUGGCGUACAUGGCACAGAUUCCAGUCACGGCUCUAGAAGGCAAUCAAGAUAUGGCCUUCUUCGCAGACGCGAUCAACUCCGCAGGCCUCGCAAACUGGCAAGCACCCGGCGAGGAACCAGGUCCAGUCACGCAGAAUAAGCGUCGCAUUCUGAGCUACCACAUCAGUCCGCGAGAGCUUCAGCUUGUAGGGUACUGUCAUGAAGAAGAGUUCGCUGCGCAGUUCGAUCAACAGAAAGCAAGCAUCCUCAAAGACAUCCCAGCCUCUCGCGCGAAAGACGCCUUCCAUGAUUUUGCUGAGAGCCUCACAAGCCUGUACGACCACCACAACUCUGGCGACGGCACAGUUGAAGUAUGGCGCAUCCGCGACGUGGAUCCGUUGCCUCGUUGGUCGCAAGGGAAGGUAUUGUUGAUUGGUGAUGCGCCGCAUGCGAUCGUACCGCAUGCAGGGCAGGGUUAUAAUCUUGCUGUGGAAGAUGCAGAGGCUUUGGGUUAUCUGCUGCGGAAUGAUGAUGUGCAGAGUGCUAUAGAGGACUUUAGCACUAAGGCAUGA